CGAGGACAGUGGCUGCCUGCGGCCGCACUGCCUGGAAGUAUUCUUGGGAACGAGGCUGUCGGAAGACUUCAGAUCCGCAAAUUUGUUCAGUCAGUGGCGUCGGAACAUUACCGCUGUAAACAGGUACCCUGCAAAACUGCCAAACAUUCGGCCCGUGAACGGGAAACCACUGUACAUUCGGGCAAUGAACAGGAAUCUGAUGAACGUUCGGGCCGCAAACAGGGGACUGCCACAUGUUCGGGCCAUGAACAGGUAUGCAGUGCAUCUCCCGAAUGGUUGCUUAAAUUACUGGACAUUUGGUUGGUGCAGCCAGGGCCUCGAAUUCAGCCGAAACGUUUGGUCCGCGAGCUCGGGACAUCAGCAAGUGCUUCUGGUUCGGGAUCUAAUUCAGGAAUUCUGGGUUAA